AUCUAACUUUAAUUAAACUUCUCGGCUUAACAUUGGCAUUUUGAUUUCAGCAGGCUCAAUUCUCACCAGGUGAAGAGAUGGACAUGAAGCUGUGGAUUUCAGUAGCGACAUUUAUCUGUCUGUGCUCCUUUGCUUUUACUAGACAUGUUUCUCUGGAAAAGAGGGAGGCUGAAGCCGAUAAACCAGCCAUUGUGUCUCUAAAGAAGAGGGAAGCCGAUAAACCAGCGAUCGUGUCUCUGAAGAAGAGGGAAGCCGAUAAACCAGCGAUUGUGUCUCUGAAGAAGAGGGAAGCCGAUAAACCAGCCAUUGUGUCUCUGAAGAAGAGAAAAGCCGAUAAACCAGCGAUUGUGUCUCUGAAGAAGAGGGAAGCCGAUAAACCAGCGAUUGUGUCUCUGAAGAAGAGGGAAGCCGAUAAACCAGCGAUUGUGUCUCUGAAGAAGAGGGAAGCCGAUAAACCAGCGAUUGUGUCUCUGAAGAAGAGGGAAGCCGAUAAACCAGCCAUUGUGUCUCUAAAGAAGAGGGAAGCCGAUAAACCAGCGAUUGUGUCUCUAAAGAAGAGGGAAGCCGAUAAACCUGCCAUUGUGUCUCUGAAGAAGAGGGAAGCCGAUAAACCAGCCAUUGUGUCUCUGAAGAAGAGGGAAGCCGAUAAACCAGCGAUUGUGUCUCUGAAGAAGAGGGAAGCCGAUAAACCAGCGAUUGUGUCUCUGAAGAAGAGGGAUGCCGAUAAACCAGCCAUUGUGUCUCUGAAGAAGAGGGAAGCCGAUAAACCAGCGAUUGUGUCUCUGAAGAAGAGGGAAGCCGAUAAACCAGCGAUUGUGUCUCUGAAGAAGAGGGAAGCCGAUAAACCAGCCAUUGUGUCUCUGAAGAAGAGGGAAGCCGAUAAACCAGCGAUUGUGUCUCUGAAGAAGAGGGAAGCCGAUAAACCAGCCAUUGUGUCUCUGAAGAAGAGGGAAGCCGAUAAACCAGCGAUUGUGUCUCUGAAGAAGAGGGAAGCCGAUAAACCAGCGAUUGUGUCUCUGAAGAAGAGGGAAGCCGAUAAACCAGCGAUUGUGUCUCUGAAGAAGAGGGAAGCCGAUAAACCAGCGAUUGUGUCUCUGAAGAAGAGGGAAGCCGAUAAACCAGCCAUUGUGUCUCUGAAGAAGAGGGAAGCCGAUAAACCAGCGAUUGUGUCUCUAAAGAAGAGGGAAGCCGACAAACCAGCCAUUGUGUCUCUGAAGAAGAGGGAAGCCGAUAAACCAGCCAUUGUGUCUCUGAAGAAGAGGGAAGCCGAUAAACCAGCCAUUGUGUCUCUGAAGAAGAGGGAAGCCGAUAAACCAGCCAUUGUGUCUCUGAAGAAGAGGGAAGCAGAUAAACCAGCGAUUGUGUCUCUGAAGAAGAGGGAAGCCGAUAAACCAGCCAUUGUGUCUCUAAAGAAGAGGGAAGCUGAUAAACCAGUCAUUGUGUCUCUGAAGAAGAGGGAAGCCGAUAAACCAGCGAUUGUGUCUCUGAAGAAGAGGGAAGCCGAUAAACCAGCGAUUGUGUCUCUAAAGAAGAGGGAAGCCGACAAACCAGCCAUUGUGUCUCUGUAGACAAUGGAAUCAGAUCAAUUUCAUAAUUAUUAAAGUUCUACAUAAUUUCUGAUUUCGACAACAUAUUUAGAUAGGUUAGUGUUAGCCUUUCACAAAUAUUAUUCCAGUAACCUGAUCAGUAUUUCUUAUCGACUUAACAUAUUGACCAUUUGACACUUGUUCACAUGUACGAUCCCUAAUGUAGUUCGAUACAAUGUGAUUACGCCCUCUUUUCUCCAGCGGGCUAGUUAUUUCUGUUGUAAUUUUAGGUCCAUUAUACAUUUUGUUUGACAAAUGAUUAAUUCAUAAGAAACAAUGCCUUUUUGGGCUGUUAUUCAAACCUUGGACCGGUUGGUCAAAUGUCCAAAUCCCGGUUUUUUUUAAAGAAACAUUUAGGAUGAGAUGUAAUUUGAGUUGCUAUGUUAAAUAUUUUAUCACUAAGACAGGUCGUCUAAACGACAACUCCAGAAUGCCAAGUUAGAAUAUUUACACGCGACUGAUAUCGCCAACAGGAAUUGUUUAUUUUGGAUAAUAAAGUAAAACAUAUACUACGGA